CCUGCCCUGCGGGGCAGGCGUUUCGGUCGCUUGCGGCCGGGGAGCCCAGCGGCGCUUCCAGCCGCUCUCUUUGACUCGCCGGCCGGAUCAUCCUUCUGGCCCCGCCGAGCAGGCGCGGGGGAGCGGCCCCGACUGCGGGGUCAUGGCAGUAGCCUCCUCGUUCUUCGCCGCCGCUGGCCCCGCCGAGUCGCCGGCUUCUGCGCGAGGGACGCCCACCGCCUCCGCAGGCUAAGAGCCGCUGCCGCCUCCGAGCUGUGAGGGCUACUAUGCUCCCCCUUUGCCUCCGCCUCCCCCUCCCACCCGCGCAGGCACCUCUCUGGCUGCUAAGUCCCGCCUCAGGGUCAAGCCAGAAGAGAAGUAAAACUCAACAAAAUUUUAUUAUGUGUGGAAGUUGUUCUUAAAAGAAGGAAAAAAGUGACUAUUGAGACUAUGGAUCGGAGCAAACGGAAUUCAAUUGCAGGAUUUCCGCCACGUGUGGAGCGUCUCGAAGAUUUUGAAGGAGGAGGCGGCGGAGGGGACGGGAGCCUGUCCCACGUGGGAAGAGUUUGGCCCUCUUCAUAUCGAGCUCUUAUAAGUGCCUUUUCCAGACUCACGCGUUUAGAUGACUUCACCUGUGAAAAAAUAGGCUCUGGCUUUUUCUCUGAAGUGUUCAAGGUGCGCCACCGAGCUUCUGGCCAGGUGAUGGCUCUUAAGAUGAACACGUUGAGCAGUAACCGGGCAAACAUGCUGAAAGAGGUGCAGCUCAUGAAUAGACUCUCCCACCCCAACAUCCUUAGGUUCAUGGGCGUGUGUGUACAUCAAGGACAGUUGCAUGCACUUACAGAGUAUAUCAACUCCGGAAACCUGGAACAGUUGCUGGACAGUAACCUGCAUUUGCCCUGGACUGUGAGGGUGAAACUGGCUUAUGAUAUAGCGGUGGGCCUCAGCUACCUUCACUUCAAAGGCAUUUUCCAUCGGGACCUCACAUCUAAGAACUGCCUGAUAAAGAGGGAUGAGAGUGGUUACUCGGCAGUGGUAGCUGACUUCGGCCUGGCUGAGAAGAUCCCUGAUGGCAGCACGGGGAGUGAGAAGCUGGCUGUGGUGGGCUCCCCCUUCUGGAUGGCGCCGGAGGUGCUCCGAGAUGAGCCCUACGACGAGAAGGCGGACGUGUUCUCCUACGGUAUCAUCCUUUGUGAGAUCAUCGCCCGCAUCCAGGCUGACCCCGACUUUCUUCCCCGAACAGAGAACUUCGGGCUGGACUAUGAUGCUUUCCGGCACAUGGUGGGAGACUGUCCCCCGGACUUCCUGCAGCUCACCUUCAACUGCUGCAAUAUGGACCCCAAACUUCGCCCUUCCUUUGCGGAAAUUGGGAAGACAUUGGAAGAAAUUCUGAGCCGCCUACAGGAGGAAGAGUUGGAAAGAGACAGGAAGCUGCAACCCGCAGCCAAGGGACUCUUGGAGAAAGGACCUGGGCUGAAGCGACUGAGCUUACAGGACAACAAGAUCCCUCCUAAGUCCCCACGCCCAAGGCGUACUAUCUGGCUGUCUCGAAGCCAGUCAGACAUCUUCUCCAGCAAGCCCCCACGUACAGUGAAUGUCUUGGACCCCUACUACCAGCCACGAGGCGGUGCUGCCCGCGCCCCCAAAAUCAACCCUUUCAGUGCUCGCCAGGACCUCAAAGGUGGCAAGAUCAAAUUCUUCGACCUGCCCAGCAAAUCUGUCAUCUCCCUGGUGUUUGACCUGGAUGCGCCAGGGCCUGGAAGCACGCCUGUGGCCGAGUGGCAGGAGCCCCUGGCUCCACCGGCUCGCCGGUGGCGUUCUUUGCCUGGUUCGCCAGAGUUCUUGCAUCAGGAGGCUUGUCCGUUUGUGGGCCGAGAAGAAUCACUAUCUGACGGGCCCCCCCCGCUCCUCAGUAGUCACAAGUACAGAGUAAGAGAGAUCCCACCAUUCCGAGCACCUGCCCUACCAGCUGCUCCAGCCCACGAGGCCAUGGAUUGCUCCGGUCCCCAGGAAGAAAAUGGCUUUGGCCCCAGGCCCCCGGGGCCCGGUCUAUGUCUUGCAGGUGCCCCUGAGGAGAUGGAGGUAGAAGAAAGGCCAAGAGACUUGGCCGUCUCUGGCACAGGCCUGAAAACCCAGGGAGAGCAGGAUGGGUGAGAGGGGGUUAAUCCCCAGCUCACCUUGGGGCUGGACCUUCAGCCGAAGCCACAGGGUCCCCCUGGUGCACAGCCUUGACUCUUCCCUGGGGCCCACAGAGCAGGCAGGCUAAGCCAAGCCAGGCUCAACUUCGGGGCUCCCGGUGCCCGUGGCUGUGUAUGAGAGGUGAGGCCGCAGCAAGAGGCCUUCCUAGUUAACUAGGGCCAACAGCUGACACCAAGCCUCUGCAAUCCAGCAAGGAGCUCUGGCCCCCACUUGAUUGCCCCGUGCACAUCCCCAGACGGACCAGAGGACUCCUAGUUCUAGUGUGAGCUGGCAGGCAGCUACCACCCCAGGUUCUUCUCCUACCCCAGGUCUGCCUCUUGCGCUUUCCUGGGGCGUAUAAGCUAGUGGCUGGCAUCUGGAGCUGACCAGGAGACCAUCAAGGGCAUGGCGAUUUCUCAGACCUGAAGCCUGGGGUGCCUCUUGCCAGGAUGUCUAAGACACUUGAAUAAUUGCUGUUUGCACUUACUGCGCGGUCAGGCCACGUCACUACAUUUCUAUGCAAGGGGAGGGCGAGGCGGAGUGGUGGUCGUGGCUCUCAGCUAACUAUUCAAAGAUCUUUUCCAGUUGAUGAAUCUAUUUUCAUAUUUAUGAAGGAGUCUCAAUGUUCUGCCCUGUAAGACUUUCAGCCUUGUGGCUGGGAGUAGGGCUGGUCUUGUAGGCCCGAGGGCCUGCUCUGUAUUUGUCAACACGUCACACGCCCGGCUGGUUAAAUGGUUUAUGCGUGGACUGAUGUCGUCCCUUUCUGCUACGGGAACAGUCUGUCCUUAUAGAGCCACAAUAAGAAAUAACCAAAGAUGAAGCUGGUCAAAUAUUUUCAUAUCUUGUUUCUGUUGAUUUUUUUUUUCUUUUUUGUAAAACUUUCCCAAGACACUUUGAGAUUUAAAAAUAAAUAAAGUCGGUGUUACAGGUGCUGGUCA